UCAGGGAGAUUGUGUGAGAGCGCGUGGAGUCUGGCAGUGAGCGCCCUCUCCCUCUACCCGCCGCACGAGCCUCCAUUGUGAGCAAGCUGAACGAUGCGAGCGCUCUUAGCCGCCGCCGCCGCCCAGUAGACACCCGCAACCAGAGGAGUCCGUACAACGUACCCCGAAAGAGGGACCAAAGGAGCGCAGGAGACGCAGAAAGGCUUUUAUUUUAAUCGAAAAUAUCACGUUGUCGUCCGGGUUUUAAUGCUUUAGCUAGACGCAAUAGGAGAGAGAGCGAGAGAGAGAGAGAGAGAGCUAGACAGCCUGGAGAGGGAUAGGGAAGAAAUAGAGAGGUAAAAAGGGAUUGCCGGUUUUGCACCUCGCCUGUUUUGGAGUAAAAGAAGAGCCGAGGUUUGUCUAGCCAUGGGAUGUACACUGAGCGCAGAGGAGAGGGCAGCUCUGGAUCGGAGCAAAGCCAUCGAGAAAAACCUCAAAGAAGAUGGGGUCACUGCCGCUAAAGACGUCAAAUUACUCCUGCUAGGAGCCGGGGAAUCCGGCAAAAGCACCAUCGUCAAACAGAUGAAGAUUAUCCACGAGGAUGGUUUCUCCGGAGACGACGUGAAGCAGUACAAGCCCGUGGUCUACAGCAACACCAUCCAGUCCCUGGCCGCCAUCGUCCGCGCCAUGGACACCCUGGGUCUGGAGUACGGGGACAAGGAGCGCAAAGCGGAUGCUAAGAUGGUGUGUGACGUAGUGAGCCGCAUGGAGGACACAGAGCCGUACUCUCCGGAGCUCCUGGUCGCCAUGAAGAACCUGUGGACCGACUCCGGCAUCCAGGAGUGCUUCAGCCGCGCCCGCGAGUACCAGCUCAACGACUCCGCCCAGUACUACCUAGACAGUUUAGAUCGGAUUGGAGCUCCAGACUACCAGCCCACAGAGCAGGACAUCCUGAGAACCCGAGUGAAGACCACUGGCAUCGUAGAAACCCACUUCGUCUUCAAGAACCUGCACUUCAGGCUCUUUGAUGUGGGCGGCCAGAGGUCGGAGAGGAAGAAGUGGAUCCACUGCUUCGAGGACGUGACGGCCAUCAUCUUCUGCGUAGCUCUCAGUGGCUAUGACCAGGUCCUGCAUGAAGACGAGACCACGAACCGUCUGCACGAGUCCUUGAAGCUCUUCGACAGCAUCUGCAACAACAAGUGGUUCACAGAGACAUCCAUCAUUCUUUUCCUGAACAAGAAGGACAUAUUUGAGGGAAAAAUAAAGAAAUCUCCCCUUAGUAUCUGCUUCCCUGAGUACCCAGGCCCUGACACCUACACGGAGGCCGUGGCCUACAUCCAGACUCAGUACGAGAAUAGGAACAAGUCCACCCACAAGGAGGUGUACGCCCACACCACCUGUGCCACCGACACCAACAACAUCCAGUUCGUCUUCGACGCCGUCACUGACGUCAUCAUCGCCAACAACCUGCGGGGCUGCGGCCUCUACUGACCCCUGACCCCUGACCUCGUCGGGGGCAGCAGAACUCUCUUUUGUCCCCCCCCCCCCCCCUGUUUCUCCCAUGUUCACCAUGUUUACUAGACUUCUGAUGUCUUAAGCUUAGACUGCGCUCCCCACCCCCUCCAACACACACACACACACACACACACACACACACACACACACACACACACUGCUGUGAGUCCUCUGUUAAAAAAUGAUUUGGCUGCCAGUUCAUGAGCUUGCAAAGGACCCUUUUUUUUACUAAUACAAAAGAUUCCUUUAUUUGACAGAAAAAUUUUAGUGUCAUAUGAAGCUGUCAUUUUUUAUUAGAAAUUAGUUUUUGUAGUUUAUACAGCAGUUGAAGAAAAGCCAUUAUUUACCCACAAUCCUACAGUACUUCGUGCUGUCGGGGAAUAAGCCAAAGCGGAUAUAUCCCAAAAUGAUGCCAAGUGUAGACCGAUGACAUCCACAGUAGUAUCACCUAUGCUUGCAGAAAGACCAAAGAUCACUGUGGCUUCAUUUGUGCUAUUCUCUAUGUGUCAAAGAUGAGACCUUUGAUUGUCAUUGUCACCGGUAAUGUCACCGGGGUCUUAGACAUGGUGUAUCAGAGUAUGGACUGAGGAGACUCCUGCUAUCUGGAGAACACUGUGUUAUAUAGAUUCUAUAUCAUAAUGUGCACGACCACAUAGGAAGGAUGUGAGAGAAAAUACUGUAACGCACUGUAAAACAUGCAUUAUACACCAUAAUGUUUCGCUAGGCAAGAGUGUCGGCUCAAGUUACUCCACCACAGCCACAGCACACAAAUUGACUUUUAUUUUCGCUUUGGACAAAAGUGUCUGCCAAAUAGCAUAACUCUAACUAUGUUUCAGUGAAGAAUUUUGAGACCAUCAUGGUAUGUUGUGUAUUGAACUGCAGUGCCAGCACAGAAGUCUUGUACUUCAGAUGAAACACAACUGUUGGCCUUUAAAUGGCAUCAGAACGCCGCUGUGCUCGAGUGCUCUCUGCACUGUGAAGGGGCUGUUUUAAACGAGCGUAAAAU